UACCUACUCUCUUUGUUUUUCAUCCUCUACCACGUUCCACCACCAUUUUCAUAUUCUGCUCAAUUAUUUAAAUAUAAUUUUAAUUCUUCUGGAGAUAAAUUUAUUUUUAUUUUUUUAUAUUCCAUCUCAUAAACAAAUACUCAUAUGAAACGUAAAAUAGUAAGAAUAUGCAAUGCAAAUUCUUAAGCAUAUAAAGAUGGUAUGACAAUAAUUUCAAUGCUAACCAUUAAUUUCUUUUAUAUAUAACCUUAACCAAAAAUAAAAAAAAGUUGGUUUUGUCAAAUAGCCCCUUCCUAAUAUCUUAGGGAGGAGGGACUUUAAUUCUAUCCAUACACAUUUGAUAUUAGUUUGUAUUGAAUAAUGGGGGAGAUUGUUAAACAAAUCUUGACACGACCAGUACAAUUAGCAGAUCAAAUAACAAAAGCAGUGGAUGAAGCUAUACAAUUCAAACAAGAAUGCAUUGAAUUACAAUCAAAGACAAAAAAGUUAGCAGACUUGAUUCGACAAGCAGCUCGUGCUAGUAAUGAUCUGUAUGAAAGGCCAACACGUCGAAUCAUCGACGAUACUGAACAAGUUCUUGAUAAAGUCAUGGCUCUUGUUGACAAAUGUCGAACACGAUCCCUUCUUAAGCGUGUGUUUACAAUUAUUCCUAAUGCAGCUUUUCGAAAGAUGAUUUCUCAACUUGAUAACUCUAUUGGUGAUGUUACAUGGCUUUUACGUGUGUCUGCCCCUAAGAAUGAUGAUGAUGAUUCAGAUAUUGGAUACCUUGGAUUACCACCUAUUGCUGUAAAUGAGCCUAUUCUUUGUUUGAUUUGGGAACAGAUAGCUAACCUUUCAUCAGGUUUGUCUGAUGAUCGGUGUGAAGCAGCUGCUUCAUUGGCUUCUUUGGCUAGGGAUAAUGAACGAUAUGGGAAAUUGAUUAUUGAAGAAGGUGGUGUGGGACCACUUUUAAAGCUUGCAAAGGAAGGAAAACCAAAAGGUCAAGAGAAUGCAGCACGUUGUAUUGGAUUACUAGGACGAGAUAUGGAAAGUGUGGAACAAAUUGUUAAUGCUGGAGUUUGUUCUGUUUUUGCUAAGAUGCUAAAAGAUGGACAAAUGAAGGUACAAGCUGUAGUGGCUUGGGCGGUGUCUGAAUUGGCUGCCCAUCAUCGGAAAUGUCAGGAUCAUUUUGCACAGAAUAAUGUAAUCAGGUUACUUGUAAGUCAUUUAGCUUUUGAGACAAUUGAAGAGCAUAGCAGGUAUACAAUUGCAAAGCGUAAAAAAACAUCAAUUCAUUCGGUUGUGUUGGAUAAUAAAGGGGAAUCAGAGAAAUCACCAGCUACAAGUAUUGACCAUGAGCAAGAUGAGAAGCAAUUAGCAAACAAGAUGAAGCCAGUAGUAGGAGGAAUUCAAACAGAGCAACAAAUAGCUAAUGUGGUAUCAGACACUAUGGUAAGGCGGACAUCUAAUAGCAAGAGCAAAACUGAGAAUCAAGCGCACCCACAACAUGUGUCAUUCGCUGGAAGUAGUAUUAAAGGAGGAAGAGAGUAUGAGGAUCCUGAAGUUAAAGCGGAGAUGAAAGCUAUGGCAGCACGUGCUCUAUGGCACCUAGCUAAAGAAAAUGUGUUAAUAUGUAGUAGCAUAACAGAGUCUAGGGCAUUGCUUUGUUUUGCUGUGUUGUUAGAAAAAGGCCAAGAAGAAGUGAAGUAUAAUUCAGCAAUGGCACUUAUGGAGAUCACAAGUGUAGCAGAACAAAACACAGAGUUAAGACGAACAGCAUUCAAGCCUACAUCUCCUGCAGCUAAAGCUGUGGUGGAUCAACUUCUAAAGGUAGUCACAGGAACUGAUUGUGACUUGUUGGUCCCUUGCAUCAAUUCGUUAGGUAACUUAGCAAGAACAUUUCGAGCAACAGAAACAAGAAUUAUCGAACACCUUGUCAAACUAAUCGAUGAGAGGGAAACAGAAGUGAUGCUAGCUGCUGUGAACGCCCUCAUUAAAUUUGCUUCCACCGACAAUUACCUUCAUAUUUUGCAUUGUAAGUCUAUCAUACUAGGGAAUGGAGUAAAACCAUUGAUACAAUUGGUGUAUUUAGGUGAACAAGGUAUUCAAAUUCAAGCAUUGAUAUUAAUGUGUUAUAUAGCAAUUCAUGUUCCUGAUUGCGAAGCGCUCGCAAAAGAUGGGCGUAAUGUCUUAGAAUGGGCUUCCAAACAAAGCUUUUUUAUGCAAGAUCCUUUGGUGGACGAACUUCUACCAGACGCUAUUCUUAAGACUACAAUGUAUUAACUAUUCAAAUGCAGAUUCCUUCAAAUUUACUUUAUCGUUACAUGAUGUGCAUUGUAGUUGUUACAAACUUAUCAAGCCUACAGAUUUUCCUUUUUUUUUUUUGAAAUAUCCAUCUAAUGGAGUGUAUAUAUAUACAAA